UUUUGGCUCACACGCACACCUCUUUUCCACUGGGGGGGAGCAUAGUACAGUACAGGAAGUCUUCGUUUAAUGCGGAAGUAGAAGCGCUCCUGAAAAGUUCCUCGUGAAGCGAAAACAAUUUCCCCAUAAAUUAUGUAACGGUAAAGUUUGCCGAGAUGCGAUGUACUACUACGCACAGUGAGAAAGCGGGACAAAUAACUCAGGGUACGCCGUCGCGUUACUGUAUCAUUCCGCAUACUGUAUCGCUGUACUGCUCAGCCGUGCAGCUCAAGAAAGGAUUAUGUCGCCGACCACUCGGAUACCGCCUUAUAACGCCGCUCAUGAAACGCUUCCAAGUGGCGCUGAAGAAGCACCUCGUGAAGCAACUGGAACGCACCGACCUCGAGGCCAAGGAGCUGCGCGAGGUCCUGCGCAAGCGGCGCUCGGAGCGGGAGGAGGUGGGCGUCACGCUGUACGGGGCGCAGCAGGAGCUGGCGCGCCAGCAACAGCGCCUGGAGGCGCAGCAGGAGCAGCGGGCGAGCCUGGCCGCCCGGCGCCGUCACGAGGAGGAGGAGCUGGAGGCGACGCGCGGCCUGCACAAGGCUCGGCUCGACGCAGUCAACCAACAGCGCAAGCAGGUGGCGAGCGUGCGGGCAGAGGUGGAGCGUGUGGCGCUGGCCGUGCUGUACGCGCAGGAGGCCGAGCGCGACGUCUCCGGGGACGUGGCCGUGCUCAAGAGAGCCGCACAGAAGGCCGACCUCGAGAAAUAUCAGACGGAGGAGAUCAAGAUGAAGCAGGACAUGCACGUGGAGCGACUGACACGGCAGGCGGACGCGACGCAGGAGCGCAUCGCGAUGCUGGAGGCUCAGCUGAGCGCACAGGCCCAGGACACCCAGGCGGCACGGGCUGGCGCGGCAGAGGCUCGCGCGGAGAUCGAUGCGAUCGUGUUGGAGAAGCGCCAGCUGCUGCAGCACUGGAACGCGACGCUGCAGGGGUUGAGACGGCGCGACGAGGCCCACGCCAACAUGCAGGAGGCGCUCGCCGAGUGCCGACGGGAGGCGCUGUCGGCCGACACGGAGCUGAGCAACUACAAGCGCCUGAUCCGCAAGGAGGAGGAGCGCCACGGCGCGCUCACCGUGGUGCUGCACCGCGCCGAUGCCGAGGUGGCUGGCGUGCGCCGCCUCACCGCACAGUGCCAGGAGCAGCAGGAGGCCCUGCGCACCGACUACGCCACGUACGCGCGCACGCUGCAAGAGACGGAGGUGGCCCUGGCACGCGCCGUCAACGAGCGUGGCGCACGGGAGAGCGAGCUGACGGUGCUGCGCUCUCGCUGGGAGCGCGAGCACGCGGCACGCUCGGCCCUGGAGGACGCCAUCAUGGAGGCACUCCGGGAGCAGCUGACGCGUGACAAGGCGGCGCUCUACUCCAAGAAGCUCGUGGACAAGAUGCGCGCUCGCAAGAAGGAGCUGGAGCUGGACGUGGCGCGGGCGGAGAACGAGCUGGCGCGUGCCGCGCUGGCCGUCACGCAGGCCGGCGCCCGCGAGGCCUCGCGCGCCCGCACGUUGGCAGCGGCCGAGGAGGAGACGCGGGCCCAGGAGGCCCUGGUGGCGCGGGCGGAGACGGAGGCGGCGCGGCGCACGGCCCUCAUCGCGCGCAAGCAGGCGCUCGUCGACCUCAACAACAAGAAGGUGGAGCAACUGGUGGCCAGCGCCGGGGGCGUGGAGCUGGGGCCCCUGGAGCUCCACAUCAAGGAGCUACGGCGCCAGCUCGCGGAGCGGCGGGCCCAGUCCACCGAGCUGCAGGCGCAGUGGCUGCGCGCGCAGGGCGAGCUGGUGCGGGAGAGCCGUGAACGCGAGGAGCUGGCGCGCACCGUCGCCGCGCUGCGCCAGCGCCUCACCAUCCUGCUCCAGCGCAAGCUGCGCGUCGAGGGCGAGGUCGCGCAGCAGCAGCGCGGAGUGCGGGACACGGAGCGGCGCACGGCGGCGCUGCACCACUCGCUGGAGCGCCUGUGCUCGCUGCUGGAGCGUGAGCGCAGCAUGCGGAGCGGCCUGCAGGCGGGGCGGGCGCUGCUGGAGGGGGAGGUGGUGGGGGCGCUGCGCGAGGCCGAACGCGACGCCGUGCGCCUCGCCGAGCGCCUGCAGGAGCUACGCGACGACAAGGGCAGGCUGCUGUCGGCGCUGCUGCAGGCCGAGGAGCAGAUCCUGCUGUGGGAGCGCCGCACGCAGUUGGCGAAGGAGAUGCGCGCCGCGGUGGACGCGGACGUGGGACACGGCGAGAUGAAGGCCAUGAGGGCAGAGAUCCACCGCAUGCAGGUGCGGUACACACAGCUGUUGAAGCAGCAAGAGCGGCUGAUGCGCGACAUGGAAGCGUCGGUGUCCCGGCGCGACACCAUCACCACGCGGGCCCAGGUCGCCGGGGCCCACGGUGACCGCUCCUCCUCUGCCACCGCCGCCGCCACGACCGCGGUGGCGCUGCAGCGAGUCCUGCAGGCCCUGCGCACCGGCAUCAAGGACGUGCAGACGCGCGUGGCUCAGAGCGACGGGGAGAUCGCGGAGCUGAGGGAGGCUUGCGUGGCGCUCGAGGAGGAGCUGUCGAGCCGCCGCCGGCGCCUCGUGGAGCAGCGCGGGGCCCUGGAGCAGCUGGAGGAGGAGGCGCACGACUUGGCGGAGCGCAAGCGCAAGAACCUCCAGGAUCUGGUGGCCCUGCAGACGCGCGGCAAGCACCUGGAGGCGGCUCGCGGUGGACGCUACCGCCCGCUGUGCUCCUCCGCCGAGGGCGUGCGGGCGGAGACGGAGCGCCAGGAGGAGCGCUUGCACGCGCUGGCCACGGCGCUGCACCGCCUGCUCGGGGAGCGGCCGCACCUGCAGGGCCCGCUCCGCCCCGUCAGCCUGGCGCUCGCGGACCGCAUGCAGCGGCUGCAGCAGCAGGACGAGGAGGAGGAGCAGCAGCAGCGGGAGGAGAGGGGCCAGAUGCUACAGCAAUAGCAGCGGCGGCGGAUUUGUAGAGGAGCAGCCCCCGCGGGAGAUGCGCACGGCUGCACGCGACGCUGCGAGGAGGAGGAGGGGGGCGACGAGGAGGGGGCGAAGAAGGAUGCGGAGGAGGAGCGGGUCGUUUGCGUCCUGUGCUCCUCCUUCUCCUCACAGUGUCUCAUCGACCUCCUCGCUGUUUGCUCACCACGCACCGAUCACCUCACUUUACACGCCUCGCUAUUGGUGCCCCGUCGUACACUCGUCACAAUCAUCAUCGUCAUCACCAUACACUGCUCCUCACACUCUCCUUUACUCCUCACCCUCACCGCCCCCCCCCCCUCCCAACUCCUCCAUCCUCACCACGCCCUCCUCACCCUCACAAUACGCCCUUCCACCUUCCACCUUUUCCCGCCAUCGUCUUCCUCACCCACCGCACUCCUCUCACCACGUUUACCGUCCCGAGGCUGGAGGGCGAGGGGGGUGAACGCGCGAUGAGGAGCGGUGGGGAGAGUGAGGAGGGUAUGGGGAAGGUGAAACGAGGAGGGUGGUGGGGGUGGUGGGUGAGGGGGGAGGGGGGUGAGGGUGGCGCGCCAUUCGCCGUGUUCCCGUCACGCCGCUCUCGCAUGGAGGGGGUGCCGCGUGGAACAGAACGGUGGCGACGACGAUGACGACGAUUACCGUCACGGCCACGGCGACGACGACGACCGGGAUGACAGGCUCACACGGGCACCGAUG